AUAGCUGCUCUUGAAGGCGAGGAGAGGAAACAGUAAAUAUACGUAGAGACCGAGAGUCAGCGAGUGUGGAGGGUUUAUUUAUUCUUUGUACUCACUCUGCAGCAGUUGUUGAAGGUUAGAUCCGAGGCUGUAAUCUCCACAUUGUCUCAUCUCAUGGCUCCAAAAGCGAUCACUAGUCCCGUCCCUGAUUCCUGGUACCCCACCCUCUCCGUGUUCACGCUCGCCAUCGGCCUCGUCUUAACUGCUUCUUUCUUCAUUUAUGAAGCAACCUCUUCUCGUAAAACCCGUUCCCUUGUGCAGGAGCUGAUAACUGGAGCAGUGGCAUCAGUCUUCUUGGGAUUUGGGUCCUUGUUCCUCCUACUUGCCUGUGGCGUUUAUGUCUAAUCAUUGAACAUUGAAUUCAAUGAAAUUUUUGCUAAGCAGAUAGCUUUAAAUGAAAAUUACACUGGACGUUUUAGUUUUAAUAUCUGACUCAAACUUAUGUUGUUCUUAAUCUAUCAAUGACAGUGUUGGUUGUGUCUGCUAA